UUAGAAUUGGUUUUUUGAGUUGACUUGGGAGUUGGGAGAUCAACGAGCUACAAAUGAUCAACACUACGCUUUCUUUCUUCCCAGUUUCUCCUUCUCCUUCUCCUCUCAUCCUUUCACGCACCUUCAAAUGAACACUCCAUGAUCUCAACUGUUUAAUUUCUCAAGUUUAAGAUCGGUUCUGCUAAUUCUCUGCCCCGGCCAUAUCCUAUUUUCAGCGCCUGUGCAAUGACUACAACACGAGGAGUCCAAGAGAGCGCCUCCUCUUCCGCUCCUCGGAGCAGCGCCUAUCACGUCUUCUUGAACUUCAGAGGCGCGGACACGCGCCGGACAUUCGUCGACCACCUCUACACGGCUCUCACCAACGCUGGAUUUCGCACCUUCAGAGACGAUGACGGGAUGGAGAGAGGAGAAAACAUCAAGCUGGAGCUGCACAGGGCAAUUGAAGAGUCUAAGCUUUCAAUUGUCGUCUUCUCCAGGAACUAUGCUUCUUCCAGCUGGUGCCUCGAUGAGCUGGUGAUGAUCCUCGGAAAACGGAGGAGGAAGGAUUCCGGCCACGAGGUUCUGCCCGUGUUUUAUGACGUGGAUCCAUCCGAGGUUAGGAAACAAAGAGGGGAUUAUGCGGAGGCAUUUGCGAGGCAUGAAGAGCGAUUCGAGGGUGAAUCAAAUGACAUGAAGGAGAAACUGAAGGGGUGGAAGGAAGCACUCGAGGAAGCUGCUAAUUUAGCAGGCAUGGUUCUACAAAAUCAGGCCGAUGGGCACGAGUCAAAGUUUAUCCAGAAAAUUGUCAAGAUUGUUGAAGACAAACUAAGGCGAACAGUCUUGAAUGUUUGCCCAUAUCCCAUUGGACUUCAUUCUCGUGCCGAACACAUUCAUUUGUGGUUACAAGAUGAAGGAAGUGAUGUUGGAAUUGUCGCCAUUUGUGGGAUGGGUGGGAUUGGAAAGACAACCAUUGCCAAAUUUGUAUACAACUUAAACUUCCUAAAUUUCGAAGGUAGGAGUUUCUUGGCAGAUAUAAGAGAAGUUUCUGAACAACAAAAUGGCCUAAUACAAUUACAAAUGCAACUUCUUUCGGAUAUUGUAAAGGGAAGUAAGGAAAAAAUAAACAACGUUGAUGAAGGAAUUGUUAAGAUUAAAGAAGUUGUAGGUUCUAAAAGAGUUCUUAUAAUUCUUGAUGAUGUGGAUAAACAGGAACAAUUGCAUGCAGUCCUUGGGAUGCUAGAUUGGCUUUCUCCGGGUAGUAAAAUGAUCAUAACCACUAGACAUCAGCAUUUACUAAAAACUCAUGAAUGUUGCAAAGUACAGACAGUCGAGUUGUUGGAUCAAAAUGAAUCUUUAGAGCUUUUCAGUUGGCAUGCCUUUGGAAAAAACCAUCCUAGUGAUGAUUAUUUGGUAGAGUCACAAAUGGCAAUAAAGUACUGCAGAGGGCUUCCGUUAGCUAUUAAAACUUUGGGUUCUUCUCUAUCUGGAAAAAGUAAAGAUAUAUGGAAAAGUCACCUGCAAAAAUUGGAAGAAAUUCCUGACAAUGAAAUCCUUAAAAAACUCAAACUAAGUUACGACUCUUUACAAGAUGAUCACGACAAAGAUUUAUUUCUUGAUAUUGUUUGCUUCUUUGUUGGAAAGGACAAAGACUCCACAGUCACAAUCUUGGAUGGAUGUGAUUACUACACAUUGGUUGGAAUUGAAAAUCUCAUUGACAGGACUCUUUUGACAAUUGAUAUGCAUAACAAGCUAGUGAUGCAUCAACUGAUUCAAGAAAUGGGAAGGGAAAUUGUUCGGCAAGAAUCGCCCAAGGUGUUGGGAGAACGCAGCAGGCUUUGGAAUCACAAGGAUUCAUUUCGUGUUUUGAGAGAAAAAACUGGAACAACUUUGGGCACCUUAAAGAAAGCAGUUCCAAAAAGCACAAGAGCUGUCACUUUGAAAUCUUCCCUGGUCUUCUUAAAGGUAGUGCUAACAAAAAUUCGAAUGAAGUAGUUUUGGAAGUUGAUGCAUUUGUAGGCAUGUCCAACCUACAACUUCUACAAAUUAGUGAUGUACAACUCCGUGGAAACUGUAAAAAUUUCCCGAAAGGAUUACGAUGGUUGUAUUGGUCUCACUGUCCUUUACAAUCAACACCUAAUGA